CUGGUGGGGGAGGCCAGUCUCUGCAGCGGGUUCCCUCGGCUGAAGCACGAAGGGGUCUGGAAACUGGCCAUGAUCCAGAACUACGAGUGGAGCCUGAAGGCGUCGGACUUCGUCUGCCGCCUGCUGGGCUGUGGCUCCUCGGGCUCGGCCAUUGUCUCACAACACCGAGUCAGAGCGCCCGCCUGGUGGAUUAGCUCGGCCUGCUUCCACAACAAACCGGCGUUCAGGGACUGCGUGACCCACAUGGACGCUCUGAGCGCCUCCACCGUGAAAAUCAGAUGCUCAGACUCGGUCAGGCUGGUGAACGGGGCCGACCGGUGCUCAGGCCGGCUGGAGGUGAGGUCAGAGCAGUCCUGGUCCUCUGUGUGUGCGAAGGACUUCGACCAGCGGGACGCAGAGGUGGUCUGCAGGGAGGUCGGCUGUGCUCCUCCUCUGGCCCUGGAGGGGGCGCCUUAUGGGGAGGUGGGGGCCCCCAUGGGGGCCACAGAGUCCCACUGUGAGGGGCAAGAGUCCGGCCUCCGGGAUUGUAGGAGGUCAGCCCUGGAGAGGAGCAUCUGCCCGGCGGGAGAGGCUGCAGCACUCACCUGCUCAGAUGGUCUCCGGCUGGGGGGCGGGACCAGCCGCUGCCAGGGCGUGUUGGAGAUGGAGAACCGGGGACAGUGGCGGCCGGUGGCCGACCUGGACUUUGUGUGGGACCAGAGCUGGACCGCCACCGUGUGCGGGAGGCUGGGCUGCGGCGUUGCCGUGGUAACGGUCGUGACGGACGACGCCGACGUGAGGCCGGUGUGGUGGGUGAAGGGGGGGUGCGUGCGGCCGGACGCCGGCCUGAGGGAGUGCCUGACCCCAUUUUUUCCACUUUCUGCUGCAGAUCUGCUGACUCCGCCCACCAUCACCCUCCUGGACGGGGUCUCCGGGGCCAGUGAGCAGGGGCCCCCGGGGGCCCAGGUGCUUUUGGGCUCUGCGUUCAGUAUCCGGUGCUCCGCCCCCCCCCAGUACCCCGGCGGGCUCUUCCUGCUCUCCCGGGAGGGGGUUCAGGGCUACAGCCGAUUGGCCGAAAACCACUCGGCCAUCUUCCCCUUCCCCCCCGCCGACCGCUCCCACCAGGGCAGCUACACCUGUAUUCUCCACCUACACUUGUCCGAACACAACUUCUCAGCCACCAGCAAGCCGCUAAGUGUCUCCGUCGGAGGUGAGCCGGUUCUAGAUGAGCUGUAG